CAUUUUCUUGAAAGUAAAGUUAGGCAUGCAGCAACAAAAAACAAUAACUAAAAGCAAUUUUCCGAGUUGUAACAGUUUCGCAUAAAGUUGGUGUGCCGAGUCUUCUUUUACACCCACUCACUCACUGUGUUGAUCCAUUGCAAACUUGAAAUUUGACAGCUAUAUACAACUUCUGGUCUCUGUUUGAUUUGUAGAUGGCGAAUCGAUGGAUUAGGCCCGAGGUAUACCCAUUAUUUGCAGCUGUUGGAGUUGUUGUUGGGAUAUGUGGCAUGCAGUUGGUUCGCAAUAUCUGCAUCAACCCUGAUGUCAGGGUGAGCAAGGAAAAGAGAAGCACUGCAGUUCUUGAGAACUCUGCUGAGGGAGAACGGUACGCGGAGCAUGUUCUGAGGAAGUUUGUGCGCAACAAAAAGCCACAAAUUAUGCCUUCCAUCAACUCUUUCUUCGCUGACACCGAUCGUGAUUAACUUCAAAUAACCACAACACCGUUUCAGAACCACCACUGUUAUCUUACUAAUCAAAUUUUUUGUGCUUUUAAAUAAGAGGUCAUUAUUAUCACUGGGACUAAAGAUUCACCAUGUAUCAAUUACUGCUUAAAUUCUUGUACUAUGUUGUUUGAUAUAUUGAAAGAUAAAUGCUUUUUUACCAAAA